AUGCGGGCUCUAGUAUUCCCUAUCUUCCUACGUGGAGCAGAUACUAUCUUUGCUCGAGAAAGGCAAAAUAUUGAUCAUUAUGAGAUGUGGUGCCGUUGGCGAAUGUUAAAAAUACCGGACUGCGAAGCAUACCAGUACAUCGAUCCUAACCCAACUUCGUAUACCAUAUGCCAACAACGAAUUCUAUCAUAUUACCAUAAAAUGCGCAGAGGUAAUGAAACCUUGGAGAAACUGAUCACGGUUCGUAAUACAGAAGCCAAAAGAUCUAGUGGCCGUUCACCAACCAGAUGGACCGAUCAAGUAAAAGAUUCAUCGCCCUCAAAACUAUAUACUGUAAUAAGAGAGGAGCUGGACAAAAACCAUCAUCAACCAUCAAAACCAAAUAUCACCCUUGACGUUCACUGGACUAGAAUUAAGACAGUGACUUCAAAAAUUAGGUUCUCAAAGGGUUUGCCUUGGCGGCUCAGUAUAAGCGCACAUAGCGUAUGCUUGGGCGUAGCUUCCAGCACAUAA